CCUUUUUAUUGGGGCUGGCAGCAGAGGCCCCAUUCAUAAAACGGAAAGAGGCGGACUACUCGUGAUAGUAAUGCUCUCAGGAGAAUAAGAGCACAACAUUGCGCAGGAGCUGCUCAGCAUAAACACACAUCCUGCACUCUUCGUGUUCAUCAACAGGAAAAAGAGAAUUCCCUUCAUUAUGGAGGAAAAUAUGGUUAUUAUGGAUGAACUUUGCGAAAUGGAUUGCAACGUUUUGAAAAGGUUGUUGAAGGACGACAGUGCGAAAUGCCUGGUGCUGGACUGCCGAUCAUUUUUGGCGUUUAGCGCUGGACACAUUCGGAGCGCAGUGAAUAUUCGCUGUAACACAAUCGUGAGAAGGCGAGCGAAGGGCUCGGUGAGUUUAGACCAGAUUCUGUCGAGUGAUGAAGAGGUCAAAGCCCGGCUGAAAUCAGGACUGUACUCCGCUGUGAUCCUCUACGACGAGAGGACGCCCGACAUAGACACUGUUAAAGACGAUAGCACAAUCACUCUGGUGCUCAAUGCAGUGUACAGAGACACAUUUGGAACUGAAAUAUUUCUACUAAAAGGGGGCUACGACAGAUUUUUCACAGAGUAUCCCGAGUUCUGUUUGAAGACCAAAACGUUAUCUUCGUUCUCUACCCAGUCCAGUUUGGACGCGUGUUCUUCCUGUGGAAUUCCACAGACGUCCCACCAUGACCAGGCUGGUCCAGUGGAGAUUCUUCCCUUCCUGUACCUUGGCAGUGCCUUCCAUGCCUCCAAAAAGGACAUGCUGGACGGCAUGGGCAUCUCUGCCUUACUCAACGUGUCCUCUAACUGUCCCAACCACUUCGAGGGGGUUUACCAGUACAAGUGCAUUCCUGUGGAGGACAACCACAAAGAGGACAUCAGCUCCUGGUUCAUAGAAGCCAUUGAGUUUAUCGACUCUGUGAAAGACUCCAACAGACGUGUGCUGGUGCACUGCCAGGCGGGCAUCUCUCGCUCUGCCACCAUCUGCCUCGCAUACCUGAUGAAGAAGAAGCGUGUUCGGCUAGACGAAGCCUUUGAGUUCGUCAAGCAGCGCCGCAGUAUCAUCUCCCCCAAUUUCAGCUUCAUGGGACAGCUGCUGCAGUUCGAGUCCCAGGUGCUGGCCACAUCAUGCGCGGUGGAGGCUGCCAGCCCCUCGGCAGCCAGCCUGGGCCCCAAGUCUUCCUCCAGCCCUACGUCGCCCUUCAUCUUUAGCUUUCCCGUCUCCGUGGUAGCACAUGGCCAGCCCAGCAGCCUGGCCUACCUGCAAAGUCCAAUCACAACCUCACCCAGCUGCUGAUGCCCCGCCCCCACAAAGACUCACUGCCCCAUUCCUCUCACUAUCCAGACCAGAGAGAGAGAGGUUAUCUUCUCCUACCUGGUAUAAGCUGAAAUGUCCAUUGACAAUGAAACACUGAGGGCGCCUAUCCUGCUGCCUGACACAAAAGACUGUAUAGAAUAUGGCACUCACACGUACACCUUCAUCACUAUAUGGUGACUAAUAAAUACACUCUUUCAUAAAACAGGCUAAAAAACAGAUGCAGUUCCUGUGUUUUAGUGUGCAGGUGGACACAGGAAGGACGGGGCGGCAGAAUUCUAAGUUGUUGUCCACCUUUUCCAUUUCCUGUGGAGUUUUCCAAAGCCACUCCGGUCCUGUUGAGAGGGCUGAAUGGCCGUGAGCAGAGAUGCAGAGAAAACGAAAGAGCAAAGAGGGGAGGGGGGAGAAAGAGAGUGCUCAGUCAUUUAGUGGCUUCCUGAUGGAGCACAGGAGGCUCUUCAGUUGUGACAGGUGCUUGCUAGCGUCCUGUCCGGCUUCCUGUCCCUGACAUCCCCAUCCUCUCUCCCACACGCCCCCUCCUCUUCUGGAGCAGGACUGCUGAUGAAUGCCUGAAUAAAAGAGUCACCCCUACUGAGGAGGAGAGGCCGCUGAGAUGGAAAGACUAGCUUUCUGAGACAGUGCCAAAUGAACGUCUGAACCCCUGCUACACUGCCCGGGCAACCCCUGGUGUUCCAUGUAAUAAACUCGGUCGGAAGGACAGAUAUGCUUUUGAGGGGAAAGGGGGUCUAGUCAUUUCUGCUUUUUUUGUUCAGUGCCUUGUUCAGAGAAGGUAUAGGAUGUUUUUCCCAGCGCUUUUGGAUGUGCUCAAGUGCUCUAGCGCCUUUUCUUUCCAAACAGACUGUGGCAGAUAAACUGGCAAAUCUCUAAACAGUAACAACUUCAAGUCAGCACUGCAAUACAGACAAUGUUAUCCGAUCCGUUCCUCUCCCCCAAGUAGAGCAAUAAUGCGUUUCUCUCUCUUCCCAGUUUCCACCAAAGUACUACAUUGUGUUGUGUAUUUAUAAUCAUGUUUUUAGCUUCAUAUGUGUGUAUUCGCUAAUCGAUAAAGACCAGAUCAUUGAGAAGUGCUGUUUGCCUUACCAAUAAUUAUUUUUUUCUAAUUCACCAGAUAAGAAUGUUGUUAUUUUUCAUUCCUGUAUGGAGGCUUAUUGUUGUCUGUUACAUAGGUACUAUUUCUGUUCAGACCAUGGAUGCUGAUUGGUCUAAUGCUUGUUGGAGGAGGGAGUUAGUUGGGAACAGACCUAUGGCUUGUUUCUUUGUCUUAUCACUGUUACUCCACCAAUGUCUAGUAGAUCCAGACUACUUUCUAAACUUGCCAAAUGCACAAUUUCCCAGCUACGCACAAACACCCCUAAAAAAACAGGCACACUGGAAUGUCUGACAUCACUGGGAAAAAAUAUAUAUGAGAUGGUAGAAAACUGCUAGUGUGUGCUGCCACUGAACUGAUUCAUGUGAAAUGGUUAGUUUUUCUUCUCAUUUCAUUCUCUGAGUGAAAAUAUUGCCUGGAAGUGCUGGCCCAGGCGAACGAUCUACUCCCCUCCUCCUUUUGAAGAAUGCUGGCACCUUUUAUAGAGCACUUUUUAGUGAUGCAAUACCGUAUUAUAACUUUGAAUUAAUUUGCACAUUAUUAUUACUAUGAUACCAGGUGGUAACUGAUGACACCCAUAAUGUGCUUUUGUUCUUGAACGAGGGUAUGUAUGUAAAUGAUAUGAAGAUGAGAGGCCUUCUCUGGUCCACAAUCAUUGAACAAUGCAAUACUUUCUACCUGUGUCAAGUGAAAUGCUGUUGUCUCAUCAUGGCAAUAUCAUUCAUCAGGUUGACUUUUUUAAAAAACUUUUCCCUAUGUUUUUGUUGAAUUGUAUAUGCUUUAUUUAUUCCUAAAAUUCCAUUGUGAAAUACAACAAUGUUCUUAAAAAAAAAAAAAAAUCUCUGUCUUACUUGCAUGAAACAUCAUACAUGGUAUCUGGGAGGGACGACAGAAAGGAUUCACACCCCUAGACACCCCAGCCUACACACAAUACCCUAUAAUGUCAACGUGGAAUUAUGUUUUUCGAGAGUUUUACAAAUUAAUAAAAAAUGAAAAGCUGAAAUGUCUUGAGUCAAUAAGUGUUUAAACCCUUUUGUUAUGGCAAGCCUAAAUAAGUUCAGGAGUAAACAUUUGCUUAACAAGUCACAUAAUAGGGUGGAUCCACUAUGUGUACAAUAAUAGUUUAACAUAUUUUUUUAUAUGACUACCUCAUCUCUGUACCCCGCACAUACAUUUAUCUGUAUGGUUCUUCAAACAAGCAGUGAAUUUCAAAAACAAAUUCAAACACAAAGACCAGCGAGGUUUUCCAAUGCCUCACAAAGAAGGGCACCUAUUGGUAGAUUGGUAAAACAUUUUAAAAAAUAAAGCAGACAUUGAAUAUCCAUUUGAGCAUGGUAUAUCAAUGCACCCAGUCACUACAAAGAUACAGGUGUCCUUUCUAACUCAGUUGCCAGAGAGCAAGGAAACAAAUGGCCAAUGGUGACUUUAAAACAGUUACAGAGUUUAAUGGCUAUGAUAGGAGAAAACUGAGGAUGGAUCAACAACAUUGUAGUUACUCCACAAUACUAACCAAAAUAAUUGAGGGUAAAGAAGGAAGCCAGUACAGAAUAAAGACAUUCCAAACAGGCAUCCUGUUUGCAAUAAGGCACUAAAGUAAAACUGCAAAAAAUGUGGCACAGAAAUGUACUUUAUUCCUGAAUGCAAAGUGGUAUGUUUGGGGCUAAUCCAAUACAUCACUGAGUACCACUCUUGAUAUUUUCAAGUAUGGUGGUGGCUGCAUCAUGUCAUGGGUAUGCUUGUCAUUGGCAAGGACUAGGGAGGUUUUUUUAAAAUAAAAAGAAACGGAAUAUAUCUAAGAACAGGAAAAAUCCUGGAGAAAACCUGGUUCAGUCUCCUUUCCAACAGACACUGGGAGACAAAUUCACCUUCCAGCAAGAAGUAACCUAAAAUACAAGGCCAAAUCUACACUGGAGUUGCUUACUAAGACAACAUUGAAUGUUCCUGUGUGUUUUUACUUAAAACAGCUUGAAAAUCUAUGGCAAGACAUGAAAAUGGCUGUUUUAGCAAUGAUCAAUAACCAACUUGUUAGAGCUUGAAUAUUUUUUUCAAUAAUAAGGGCAAAUACUGUACAAUCCAGGUGUGCAACGCUCUUGGGGCUCCCGAGUGGCACAGUAGUCUAGGGCACUGCAACUCAGUGCUAGAGGCGUCAUUACAGAUGGCUGAAUCACGACCAGCCGUGAUUGAGAGUUCCACAGGGUGGCGCACAAUUGGCCCAGGGUCGUUAGUUUUGCCCGGGGUAGGUGUCGUUGUAAAUACAAAUUUGUUCCAAACUGACUUGCCUAGUUAAAUAGAACCUUGGGUUUAAAAAAUGUUGUUAAUUCUAAUCACAAGCUCCUAAAUGCAAGCACAGAUCAUGAUGUCAAAAUAAUCAAAGGCCUACUUACUUCUAAGUCAUUUCACAAAGAUAAAAGGCUGGUCUUUAGAUGUAGCCAGCUUUAGACUAUGCAGUGAUCUUUGCCACAAAGUUUAUUGGAUUGUGAUGGUCUGUUCAUCACUGGUGUACAGCAGGUCCGGUCCUGUCUGCAAUGACGAGAAUAACGCUCGAGGAGCUGGGUUACAUAUCACAACAUAACUGUACGGUUAUAGCAUCCCCUAGUGGGUGAUCUUAAUACUCCACUUCCUCAUUAAUCUCUCCAUAGAAAUCACAUUGUAGGUGUUUGUUGGGUAAAAUGAUGACAUGAGGAUUAUACCCGGAACCUAGCUAUUUAGAUGACACAAAAAACAAGCUAUAACACAUUGAUUUCAUUAUUGUUAUCCAUUCUGUCAGACUAUAAGUAUUAAUCAAAUGCCACUUCACACGUGAGCAAAUCCGCUCCCAAUAAGUAUAAAGGUGAAAUAAAUCAAUCGGAGUUUCCCCUGGUCGUCACUAGUUCACACAGCCACAAAGUCAUAUACUAUUGAUCUUCUUAAAAUGUGAUUUUAAACCUAUCCCCGACCUUAACCACACUGCUAACCGUAUGCCUAAUACUAACCUUAAAUUAAAACCAAUUUUUGUUUUCAUUAAUUUUGAAGACGAUUUUGACUGCGUUUGUUGUAACUAGUGGAAACCGUUGUGCCUGUUGUUCACACGCAUAUCUGCCCUCUCAUUGGAUAAAAGGCUUCCUUCUGAUCUCACCUCCUCCCAACUGCCUUCCAUUUUUGAAGACGUUUCUUUUCAUUAUUAGGGCGGCAACUAGAGCAUUUGGGAUCUGUUUCCCCAAAUCAUCCGAAUGCUAAAUGAAUCGUUAGAACAUCAUAAAAGGACCUAAGAGCAUAUUGACAUUUCCGAGCCUUUCCCCAAAAAAACUUUAUUAACGUUGCACUUGAAGUCGCUCGUAAUCUAACACCUGCCUCAGACCACUAGUAAGAACAGUUAAGUGCGUGGUUAGAUCACCGUCUGCCCACCCGCGUCACUUUAGAUAUCAAAUAUCCGCUGAACAUAGGAUCAAGACGUUUAUCUGUCUCUCUGACCACCGAAAACUUCAUAGUUUAAUAUAUAGUUCGCAAUGUUAUUAUAAACAAGUGAAUCAAGGAUACAUUAAAGAAAAGAAAACCGAGAUAACCGAAUGAUUUAAUAGUUCGAUUUAGGCAAAAAUAUUAACAUAAC